AUGCAAAGAGUUCCCAUUAGUACCUGCUUUCUUGCGAGGCUCAGGAGCAAGGUUGGUGUAUCUGCGAGGCAAGAACACGCCUGUUACUGGGAGGAUUAUCGGAUCAAUGGCGGAGAUUUCGUCCUGAAGCGGUCGCACUCGUUCGGAUUUGAGCGGAGCUCGGCGUCAGCGGAGAGAAUGAUGGUGACGGAGCCAGCGACAACGUCAUCGUGGCAAUACCAUAGAGGAAGCUUCUGGAGCAAGCGGUUGUCGCCCUUCGGGUCGUUGAUGAAGGCUCGGGUCUUCUCCUUUAAGUCAACGUACAGAGGCGGCGUGAAUAUGAAAUCGUCUUUCUUCCACCGGAAAUUCUUCUUCCCACUGACGGAGCCGAGCGUGAGAUUCUCCGAUGGCAGCGUAAGAGGAUCGUCUUAG